UCUCGCUAUGGCCCCCCCAACAACCGUCCCGAGUGUCGCGGACAUUGAAGUCCCCGAGACUCUCCUCAAGAAGCGCAAGCAGAACGAAAAGGCCCGUGAGGAGAAGCUUGCGGCUGCGGCGGCUGCCCGCAAGGCAGGCAAGGCCAAACGCAAGGUCAUUUUCAAGCGCGCUGAACAGUACGUGAAGGAAUAUCUUGCCAAGGAGAAGGAGGAGAUCCGUCUGAAGCGGGCGGCGCGUGCCGCGGGUGACUUUUAUGUCCCCGCACAGGCAAAGGUCUACUUCGUCAUCCGUAUCCGGGGUAUCAACGAGAUUGCGCCGAAGCCCCGCAAAAUCUUGCAGCUUCUCCGUCUGCUUCAGAUCAACAAUGGUGUCUUCGUCAAGGUCACUAAGGCGACCGAGCAGAUGCUUCGUCUCGUUGAGCCUUACGUGGCAUAUGGUGAACCAAACCUGAAGUCUGUCCGCGAGUUGAUCUACAAGCGCGGCUAUGGCAAAAUCAACAAGCAGCGCAUUCCGCUGACCAACAACGCUGUGAUUGAGGAGGCGCUCGGCGAGUUCGGCAUUCUCUCGGUAGAGGACCUCGUCCACGAGAUAUCUACAGCAGGUCCCAACUUCAAGCAGGCGUCAAAUUUCCUCUGGCCUUUCAAGCUCUCUAACCCUACUGGCGGCUGGAGAACACGGAAGUUCAAGCACUUCGUUCAGGGUGGCGACUUCGGCAAUCGCGAGGAGAACAUUAACAAGCUCAUUAGGCAAAUGAACUGAGCGUUGCGGCUUACGGUUGCUUGAGGAGGGCUUUGUUGAUCUGAGGGUAUGCCCGCCCUGAGAUUGCUUGAGCUAGCAUCACGCACGCGCUGGGGUUACUCGUUAUCAUGUCCUUGUAUGCCACUACCAUUAUGUUAACUUGUUGCGC